AACUAAUCCGUGAAAUUUUAACAGAAAAUUUUUAUAUUUAGCAGCUAGAAGCCCAAAAAUUUCUCUCCUCUUACAUAAUUGGACCGGAGAGAGAGAGAGAGAGAGAGAGAUGGGGGACGAAAAAGUGAAGGACGACGCACUGCAGAUAUUGGGGCUCUUCCAAGUUCUGCCUCGAUUGGUCGUCUUCGAUCUCGAUUACACCCUCUGGCCUUUUUACUGUGAAUGUCGCUCCAAACGUGAAAUGCCAUCUUUGUAUCCACAUGCAAAGGGAAUAUUAUAUGCUCUGAAAGACAAGGGAGUUGAUGUCGCCAUUGCCUCCAGAUCACCAGCACCAGAUAUAGCAAAGACGUUUCUUGAAAAAUUGGAUAUCAAGUCAAUGUUUGUAGCCCAGGAAAUUUUUUCCAGUUGGACACACAAAACAGAGCAUUUCCAGAGAAUUCAUAGGAGGACCGGGGUGUCCUAUGACUCCAUGCUCUUUUUCGAUGAUGAGGACAGAAACAUUGAAGCGGUUUCUAAGAUGGGAGUUGCGAGUGUUUUGGUCGGUAACGGGGUGAAUCUUGGAGCAUUGAGGCAAGGGCUCGCAAUUUUCUCUCAGUAUUCACGUCCUUCGAGGAAAAACAAGCAGAAAUGAGCUUCCCCUUUUAUAUCCCCUUUGAAAUGAUUGCAAAUUUGUUCCUGUAUCCAGGAUUAUAUUCUGACAAUUAUCUCAUAUCAUUCAAGAAUACAGUAUAACUUCUUGUAUCAGUAGGUAGUACAGAAGGAAAAUGUUGUGCAAACCAAGAGGAUUAUGCUUUUGUUUUGCAGUGUGCUAAUGUUCCGUGGUUAUGCUCUGAAAGAAAUGUAUUUGUUGAUGUUGAGAAAACAAGAGACUCAAAAGGGAAUUUUAUUCUGAAUCUGCUUUCUUGAAA